UAGAAUACAAAAAAUAAUAACUUUGGAUCCAGUUGAGCUAUUUUAAAGAUCUUGGUGUCAUUUUGUUGAGUUUAAUUAGCUUGUUUCUGUGGUAUGAAUUACUCAUUCAUCCUAUCUGUUCCCUUUUCUACCGCGAGGUCACAUAUAAUUUAUCUCAGACAUGCCCAAUUAGGGUUUUCUACUGUUCCACCAGAUACAAUUAAUGCUUUUAACAAUUCAUAUGUACUUUUGGACUGGAAAAUAGCAUCUAGUGAUCUUGAAAAUCUUCAGUUUGCUAAUUUGAAAUGGAAAUAUUCAAAUAAUGAAAGAAUAGCAAGCUUGCAGCUGGAACCUGAUGGUGAUGUUGUUGUAGAUGUACCGAGUAAAUUUGCUGGAAGAAUUUUUUUCAAUGUAAUAAAUGGAUCUAAGUUCAAUAUAAAUUCAUCAGUUAUUACAUUUGGUCCCUUAAAUUUGAGUGAUGAGGGGCAAAUUAUAUGUGAAGUAACUUUGAACAGCAAAAAUCCUUAUACUGAUUCAACAAACUUAGUUAUAUUAGUGGAACCAAGAUUUAAUGAUAUCAAUCAGAAAACAACUGCUAUUGUAAAUGAAUUAGCUUAUAUUUCUUGUACUAUAACAAGUAAACCACAGGCAAAUGUUACAUGGUUUGUGAAUGACACCUUGAUAAAUUCUACUGACCGCUAUAUAACGAAGGCAACAACAAAAAAUAGUUUAAAUACAGAGUAUACGCUUUACAUAAAAAAUGCUUCAGUAUUUGAUGCAGGUUUAUAUAUGUGUUCUGCUUCAAUAGGAUAUACAAAGAGUAAUCAGUCAUUUGAGCUUAUCAUUAAUUAUCCUGCAUAUAUAACUUAUUUACCUCAGCAAUUUCAAGCUGCAACUGAUGAAACUGUUGAGCUUGUAUGCGAGGCUCGUGGAUCUCCUACUCCAGUUAUGAGUUGGUAUAAAAAUAAUUCACUUCUGAUUAGUAAUGAUUUGUACGAAAUCACUCAAAGUAUUCAGUACAAUAAAUAUGAUAGCGUCGCUGAAGUCAUUCUUUAUAUUAAUCCUGUCAAAAUUUCAGACUUUGAUACUUAUACAUGUCAAGUUCAAAAUAAUUUUUCUGGUUUUGUUAAUGGAUCCACUCAACUAGUGGCUAGACGGAAUUUAUCUUUUUUAACUCAACCUUCAGAAGUAAAAGUUUAUCUUGGUGACUCAAUAACUAUAAAUUGUACUGCGCAAGCUUAUCCAAAGCUCACAGUGAACUGGGUAAUUUUAAAUAACAAUCGUACAACAAUCUCUUCUCCAAAAGUCCUAGUCGAAACACAGGAUAAUGUUAUUGUAGAAAUAUUGUUGACAAUUAAUAACAGUACACUUGAUGACUAUGGUAAUUACACCUGUGUUGCUAAUAACAGUGAUGGAAAUAUAACAACAAAUACAACUCUAAAUGUUAUCUGGAAUUUAUCUUUUUUAACUCAGCCUUCUUCAGAAGAAAAUGUUUAUCUUGGUGGUUCAAUAACUUUAAAUUGCACUGUGCAAGGUUAUCCAAAGCCCUGGGUGAACUGGUUAACUUUAAAUAACAAUCGUACAACAAUCUCCUCUACAAAAGUCUUAGUUGAAACACAGGAUAAUAUUAUUGUAGAAAUAUUGUUGACAAUUAAUAACAUUACGUUUGAUGACAAUGGUACUUACACCUGUGUCGCUAGUAUCAGUAAUGUCAUUAAAACAACAAUUACAACUCUAAAUGUUAUAUCAAUCAAACCUCCUGUACCUUUUUCUCCAGCAAGUUUUCAAGCACCAAGUUCUUGGCAUAAAGAAUGGUAUAUUGUCAUCUGGGUGUUUAUUCCGAUUGUUUGUGUUCUCUUUUUUAUUCUUGCUGUGUUGUUGGCAAGAAGGCGAAGGAAUAAUAAAGCAGUGGUAGUCGUACCAGUAAACCGCAGUGUUCCAGAUCCUCCUGUUCGCAGUAUGGCUACCCAGCGUGAUAUAUAUUUACCAGAGGCCAAUCAGCUACCAGCAGUUAAUUUUGGUUAUACGCCAGAUGUUGAUGUUCAAGAAAUUGAAGUUGAGUUUAAUGAAGAUUCCAGUGUGUAUCUUGAAAGUGUAGAAUACAAUCCUGAUGCUGGAAACGCUUUUUAUAAUCAUUAUGAUCAGGCCGGUCCUGCGCCCAAAAAUAAAAACGAAGUACAAGGUGAACUGAAUGCAGGAUAUGCUGUUAUAGACGAUAAAGUGAAAUUAUUUGAUCACAAGAAAAAAUUUAAUUUAAUUUAAAGUGCUUUCUUUUAAUUUCGCUUUCAAUCUUGUAUUUAAUUUAAUUUUGCAUUCAAUCUUGCAUUCAAUUUUGCUAUGAAGUUUUGUUUAACUAAUAAGUUAAAGUUAAAUUUUAAUAAUUGGAUUUUUGAUUUGAUUUUUAUAGUUAUUUUUUUAGUUUUAAUAGAAGGAUAAUUUUUUUUAAAAAAACCACAGACUUUGUAUUACUUUCGUAGAUUGUUGCAGGAAAAAUGCUUCGUUGAUUGUUUUCUUAAA